AUGUGCGCGGGACGUUGGUACGCGCGAGACCUGGGCCACGUAGCGAUGGCUUUACAGCGGUCUAGAGAAUCGCAGGUACGAGUGUAUUUAUGUAGAAUACAGUAUAAGUGCCUUGUAAACUAAUCAUAGAAGUAGCAUUGUCAAUGCACUUUAUGCCGAACGGAAAGGCUCGUGCGUUACACUGAAUCUGUGCAACUCUGAUUGCAUGCAUGCAAGAAGGAGGGCGCUCGCGACGAAGGUAAAGCAGAAAAUGGACACAAACCUGUUUACAAGUUAUUUCGGAUAUUUACACGUGACAAUCAGAAAUGAUGCAAGCGAAAGCCGUGGAAUGCAAAUCCCGAAUGGUUCAUGAAUGACAACAAGUGGUUCGGAAGUUUAUUAAGCCUAUACAUACAGCUGGAUAUACAUACAGACAGGAUUUAUUAAGGAAUAAUAAACUCUUUAAGAGCAACUUGCCUAGAAAAGCCUUCCUUCAAAUAUUGUGAUGCUUUGGAGAUGAUUGACUUGGACUUUGCCCUCCGAUUGUUGGGCCAAUCGAAGAAAACCUGGAACAGAUUCUAUGUCGUUCCAACAGUGUUUCUUGCCUCCAACGACCUGGACGCCCUGUUUGAGUCGGGUUGAACAGCCCUCAACUUCCGUUCCAUCUCUUCGCUAGCGGGAGGGGUGGGGGACUGCUGUGCUUCCCCCUGCCCCUCCUUGUAGAGCGAGCCAGAGUACCAAACUCUUUACACCCGGUUGCUCCCACCUACUCUGCCCUCUCUCUCUCUCUCUCUCUCUGUAUGACCUCCUGCCAGAGUCUCAAGGAAGAGUUGUCUGUCCCCACCCUCGGAGGCAUGUCCCAGGAGGAGGGGCGCAGGGCUCAGGUGUCCCAGUCCUACUUCCACUCCCCCGCCUCAGAUCUGGACCUGACUAGCAAGCUGUACAAACACGAGGCAGGCGGCAAGCCGUACUCCGUCCUCGUAGACAACAAGAUGGCAACGGUGAAGACGACCACCGGGGAACAAGCCCUCGGACAGCUGCCCGUCCACCACAUCGCGUCCCCCCAGCACCACCACCUGCAACAGCAGCAGCUUUAUAGAGAGGGAGGAGAGCAGCAGGGGGCAGCCGGCCACAGCCCUGAGGCUGGAGGUGGGGGCACGCCAGAGGACUCGGAGGAGGGGGAGGAGGGCGAGGAGGAGAACGGCGAGGCGGGGAGCUUCAAGCGUGAGCAGAUCAUCGUGGAGGUCAACCUGAACAAUCAGACGCUGCACGUCUCCAAGAAGGACAGUUCGGAGAGAGGAGGGAGUGAUGAAGAUGAGGAAGAGGAGGAGGAGGAAGAAGAAGAAGAGGAGGAGGAGGAAGAAGAAGAAGAAGAAGAAGAGGAGGAGGAGGCAGAAGAAGAACAGAGUCCAAGUGAAGAGGAUUAUGAUGAUGAUAAUGAUGACGUAGAAGAAGAGCUUGAGAUCCCAACGAGAGGGAAGAGGGUCCGAUUAGGGGCCGGGGGCCUCGACGCCUCCAGCCAGCCCCGGAGGAAGAGCCUCCGCACUGCCUUGACAGCCACCGGCAUGACGACCAGGGGGAGGCAGAAGCUUUUGGACUCCCCGAAGAAGAAGAAGAAGCACAGGCCGGGCCGCUCCGCCCACGCGGGCGCCGACUCGACCUCGGCUGUGAUGGUGAAGGGGGACGGCGAGGAGAAAGAGAUGCUGGCGUGCGAGAAGUGCCCCCGCGUGUUCAAUACCCGCUGGUACCUGGAGAAGCAUAUGAACGUCACUCAUAGGCGCAUGCAGAUCUGCGACAAGUGUGGCAAGAAGUUCAUCCUGGAGAGUGAGCUGGCCUUGCACCAGCAGACGGACUGUGAGAAGAACAUCCAGUGUGUAUCCUGCAAUAAGUCAUUCAAGAAGCUGUGGUCUCUGCAUGAGCACAUCAAAAUCGUGCACGGCUACGCAGAGAAAAAGUUCUCCUGUGAGAUCUGCGAGAAGAAGUUCUACACCAUGGCACAUGUACGAAAGCACAUGGUUGCACAUACUAAGGACAUGCCUUUCACAUGUGAAACAUGUGGGAAGUCGUUCAAGCGUAGCAUGUCAUUAAAGGUCCACUCCCUCCAGCACUCCGGAGAAAAGCCGUUUCGUUGUGAGAACUGUGACGAGCGGUUCCAGUACAAGUACCAGCUGCGGUCCCACAUGAGCAUCCACAUCGGACACAAGCAGUUCAUGUGCCAGUGGUGCGGCAAGGACUUCAACAUGAAGCAGUACUUUGAUGAGCACAUGAAGACUCACACAGGAGAGAAGCCUUUCAUCUGCGAGAUCUGCGGCAAGAGCUUCACCAGCCGGCCCAACAUGAAGCGCCACCGCCGCACCCACACGGGCGAGAAGCCCUACCCCUGCGACGUGUGCGGCCAGCGCUUCCGCUUCUCCAACAUGCUCAAGGCCCACAAGGAGAAGUGUUUCCGGGUCACCAGCUCCGUGGUCCUGCAGAGCGGCAGCCAGUCCCUGCCUCUCCGGAUCUUCUCCAACCCCCACCCCGCCUCCGGCCCUAACCCGGGCCCCCUGGGGCCCCAGCCCUCGACCCCCGCCGCCGCCAACCCCUCCCCCUCGGCCCCAAUGGUCUCCCUGAGCCCCUCGGAUGGAGCUCUGGCCCCCCGGGCCCCCGGGAGUCACACCUUUUCCAACCUGCAGCUCCACGUCACGCCCGCCAACCAUCAUCCGCACCAAGUCGCCGGCCAUCAGCAGCACCCAGGCACGCCUCAGCACACACUGCCACCGCCCCCGCCCGCCUCUGUACAGCAGCAGCACCACCAGCACCACCACCAUGUGGCAGUGCCCCCCGCCUCCCACCUCCCGCCUCCCCCAGCACUCUUUAAGAGUGAGCCCCUCAACCACUGUGGCCUGGAGGACAGCGGGUACCUACACCACAUGCCCCCCUCAGACAAAGGCCCGGGUGCGCCCCACCACUGAGGCACCCAGACCUCCCAGCUGUUGUACUGGGCAAGGGGUCAAAACUGAUAAGGACAGGACGUGUGUGUGUGUGUGUGUGUGUGUUUGUGUGUGUGAGAGCCUUGGACUGAUUAACUCUCAGUACACACGUUAGACAAGCGGUGUUUACUGAGAAACUAGGAUCCACUGACUGAUUUACAAUCUUGUUGUGUUUUCCUUCUACCCCUUCAGAUCAUAUUGGCGGUGCGCAGUAGUUCAUGUUGGUGAAGAAUCUUUUCUAUGUCUGUCGCUCUUUCAUCAUGUUUAACAUGUGUUUCUGUGAAAUUUCAGAAAAAGUAUUAACCUGGUUUAGUGGACCCACCUCUGAUCCACACAAACAACCAUACAUCUCUAGAUGUCAAUUUGGUUGAUGAUUGCACACUGGCCUGGGCUUUUCUAUUAUUAUUUUUAUUUUUUUUUUAAUUUUAUUUUAAGUGCAAGCUAGCGCCCUUGGGCCAGGUUAUGUAUGAUGAAUGUUUGACUUACUUCAGCCCUCUCUGGUGCUUCAUAAAGUCAACCGCAGUUGACCUUGUAGGUCACAGUGGGAUGUUUGGAGAGGUUUUCUAAGAAGCUUGGAUGUAUACAAGAUCUGAUAAUGGCUGAUUGGUUUAUGAUGGUAAAAUGGUGCUUUCCAUUCCAGUACUACAUGUUGUGGUUAGGUUUCCAUUCGGACUGGCGGUUUAGUACCUGAUUGUGAUUGGACACUCGAGUCUGACAUGUAGUGAAACGAACAAAGGUUGGGCUUCGCUUUAACAACUUCACACAUAAUCACGUUUAGAAUCAUAGAAAGAAACACUAUGUAUGGCCGGUGAUCUUUUUUUGUAAUUAGUUUGAUCCAUUUAACCUCUGAUUUUUAGUACUGUUGAUCAACUAAUAAUUUUGGAAAACAGUUGCCUAUCAACAUACUACCACUGUGAAGGGCCUGGCAUUUGACCCCACCAUGAUUUCUCUGUGCUCUCCCUCUUUUUCUCUCCUCCUUUCUUUAUUUUUCCCUUCUCUUCCUUUCCUUCCUAGCCUCUGUCCGAAUAAUACGGGUCCGUUUCAUACAAUUCACGACACAUGGACUUUGCAUCUCUUAAUUGACCGUGCUUGAAAGUCACGGAUACAUUUUUCCCAUUUGGAGUUUUCGGAUCAUCUGAAUUUCCUUUCUGGUGGAUUUUUUUUCUUUCCGUUUCUCCCCGAUCAUUCUUUCUUCUCUUUUGAAAAAAACAGACAUACUUUGACGCACAUAGACAAAGCGGCAGGUCUUACCACAGUGAAUGUUUUCUACUUGGAGUAAUAGCAGUUUUAAAUAGAACGUUUCUGUGUUUAGUUUGAAAGGAUGUUCCUUUGGAAAACCUUGGAGGGUAGCGGUAGCCUUUCUGUAUUCUCAAAAUUCACCUCCAUGUAUAGACAAGCACUGUUGCAUCAAAUGAGAAAUGGUGUUUUAAAUCCUCAUGUUUUCUUUGACUGUGUGAAUGUUCAAAGGGGAGGGGAAGGGCAGAGUAUAUGGACAGAGUAGUUGUGUUGCUUUAUUGAUGAAACUUUUCAACCUCUCGCCCCAUGCCGCACUGUUAUUUGAUAAGUACUUAAAAAAAGGCUGUUGAGCCUUGGCCCUCUUGUUUGUCCGGUCUGUCUGUGUGCAUGUGUCGUGCUAUUGGUUGUGUCUGGACAUAAUCUGUGGCUCCCAUACCAAAAGCUGCUUUUCCAGUACUUUUAUAUUCACCAUGGCCGGCGAUGUAGAGCAGUACAUUUAGGUCUAGCACAGUGAUUCUGUUUCGUCUUAUUUAGAGAUUAAACUGAACCCCGGUAGUCUGCAUUACCUUUCAAGACACCCACAACUAUCCCGCCACAUCUAGGGGGUCAUCCUCCUCCCCCAAGUUGUACUGUUUUUGCUUUAUUGUUCAGUAUGGAUAUUUUUUUAUUUUAAUGCUUCAGUUGUGUGUUUUCUCUGCACUUUACUUAUGUGUGGGCUAUAGGCACCGGGGAAGGAGAGGGCGAGGGAGACCAUGCAUUGCGGAUACGAGAAAGAUUGUGUCUGUAUGGGAGCGGGUGAAUGAGUGUAAGAUUGUGUAUAGGAGUGGUUGGAUGAGAGUAACAUUGUGUCCGUAUAGAAGCGGGUUGAUGAGAGUAGACUGUCUAUAGGAGCGGCUGGUUGAGAGUGAGAUUGUGUCUGUAUAGGAGCAGGUUAUUCGGUGGCUGGAUGAUGUUGAGUAAGGGAAGAGGAGGAGAGUCUGAGUGAUGGUGAUGUGGAAGCGACCAUAGCACACAAUGACUUAUUUACUAAUUAUUUCAAAUUCCUCCUUGUCCUUGUUUUGUUGUAAUUUCAUAAUGACAUUAUCUGAUAUGGACCCCUUCUUCUAAAAGUGUAACACACAUUUACCCAGUUAUUUUCACACAAGCUCUUCUGAACAACAUCUGAAAUGCAUUAUUUUUACUUCAGUUCUUACGGUCUGUUCUUUCUGUGUGCUGUGUGAUUCUCCUCCUCUUCUUUUUCAUAUAGAAUGCACUUUCUACUAAAUUUCUUGACUACGGUAGUUAAAAAAAUAACAUUGUAUAUUCCUCAAAGAUGUUUUUAAAAAAUCAAUAUACAUUUUUCCCUUGUAUUUUUAACCACUUAAUGUAGCAUUGCGUAUUUUAUUAUUGUAUCUGGUACAAAAUGUGCAGCUUUACAAUGUCCCGGUUUGUCUUUUUGUAUGUUUCCGGAGGUUGAGAAUAUGUGGAAAUGUUGGGCCUUUUUUGAUAAUGUUCAUGUAACUGACUGCUAACUUUGAAAAGUAAAACAAGUAGCCACAAUUAGCACUCA